UUUGGUGUCAAUCAUAGGGUUAAAAAGUUAAAAUGUCAUUAAGCGUUUUCAUGUUGGUGACAGUUUUUUGUUGUUGUCGUUUGUCAAAAACAACAUAAAAUGGCCGAUGUAAACAAAGAAGAAAAUUUUAUUAAUGGAAAAAAUGACAUGGAUAUUGCAGUAUAUAGUUUAAUUUCUGAGAAUACAACUACCUUGUCAUCACAUAAAGAAGAUAACAUGGAAAUAGAAAAUGUUAAUUCAUUGAAAAAUGAGGUAAUUGAAUUUCAUAAUUCUCUAUCGGAGACAACAGACAGUAAUGCAGUUGUCGGAAAUGCUGAAGGUAAUCAAGAGGUUACAGCAGAAGACAUAAAAUUGCCUAUUCAAGUAAAAUGUGAGAAAGUAGAGAAAAAGGAAUAUAAUGUUGACGAUGCAAGUAACCUCAAUAACGCAGUUAUCAAAAAUGCUGAGGAUAAUCAAGACCUUAUGGUAGAUAUAAAAUUACCCAUUCAAGUUAAAUGCGAGAAAACAGAGGUUGAGAAAAGUGAUGUUGAUAAGGCAAGUAACCUCAAAAGUGAGCCCUUUGUAAAACUGCAAUUUAGAAAUGCGGAGGCUUAUGAACAAUUAAGUGAAAUACUUUUAACGUUACUGACCACAAUGGGAUUCACCUUUAAAGAAGAGAAGCUUAAUUUUAGUAUUGACUUCUUUGAAACGGAGUCUAUUAAUAAUAGCCCUGAUUUAGAUAAACUAAAGAUAUCUAAGAAAAAGAAACGAAAGCGGAAGAAGUCAAAAGAUGAAGGUGAUGGUUUUUUUGUACUUGAUACCACGCCAUCGUUAACUACUCAAAGAGAGAAAAUAUUGAAAUAUGAAAGUAAAUUUAAUAUUCAAAAUGUUACUGAAAAGAAUGAUGAAAAUGCAAGUGAUUCUACAUUAUGUGUGUCUGCUGCAAAUAGUUGCUUCAAUUGCAGUGAAAAUCAUAAUUUAAAAGAUUGUCCUUUACCUCGUGAUAAUGCUAAAAUCAAUCAUGCCAGAUUGAAAUUUAGAAAUACACCUAAAAAUGGACGCUAUCAUCUUGAAGAUGAUCAGAAGUAUUCCCACUUAAAACCGGGUCAGUUAACGGACAAUUUAAGAAAAGCAUUAGGCCUGCAUCGAGAUCAAUUGCCAGACUAUAUUUACCGAAUGAGACGACUUGGUUAUCCUCCAGGUUGGUUAGAAGAAGCACAAAUUGUACAUUCUGAUCUGACAGUGUAUGAUUUUGAUGGAAAAAAUGUUAUUACAAAUAAAAAAACAAGACCUUUUGUUGAUCCUGAAAAAAUAAUUGAUUAUCCCGGUUUUAAUGUGCCAUUGGAUAAAGGUUUUAGAGAUGAGUUUCGAGAUUUUGGUGUACCUCCCUAUUCAGAGAAGUUUAGUAAAGAAGUUAUGUUGCAACAUAUAAAAAUAUUAGAAGAAAGAGAGCAGGAUAACCUGAACACAGAAGAUAUGGAAUUUGAAAGCAUUAUGCCAGAAGAAGAUCUUUCUCCAGUAAAGGAUAUGAUAGUUAAUUCAAUUGAAAAAGAGAUUGAAUUGCCAUCCUUGACCGAGUUGGAAUCAAAGAAAAAUCAGCUUUUGGCCGAAUUGAAUGACAAUACCAAUGGCAGUACAACAAGCGGUAUAACAGUAGAUGAAAUAUCUUCUGAAGAUAACAGAAUGCCAGUAGGUAAAGAAAAAGAAGUUACUAUUGAAAUGAGAAUGAGGAAAAUAACGAAUGUAAGUGUUAGCGAAAACGGCAAAAUAACCCAUCAUACAUUAGAAGAACCGACAGAAUCUAUUUCUAUGGAAAUGAUAGGAAGGCGUUCAAUAUCGGGUAUAACUUCACUUUCGCAAACUGAGACGAUAAGCAGUUCGCAAACUGAGACGACAAGCAGUUCGCAAGCUGAGACAACAAGCAGUUCGCAAGCUGAGACGACAAGCAGUUCACAAGCUGAGACGACAAGCAGUUCACAAGCAGUUCACAAGCUGAGACGACAAGCAGUUCGCAAACUGAGGCGACAAGCAGUUCACAAGCUGAGACGACAAGCAGUUCGCAAGCUGAGACGACAAGUAGUUCGCAAACUGAGACGACAAAUAGUUCGCAAACUGAAACUUCGUUGAGCUGUUCCGAGUUUACGGAUACAAGUGCUUCAAGUGACACAAGUUCAUCAAAAAUGAUUAAAACAAUUGCUUUCGGUACACCAAUUCUUAAAACAGCUUCACCUUAUUCACGAUUACCGAAACCGGAAAAUUUUUCCAAAAAUAUUUCGGACAUUAUGAAUUUUGAAAAUUUACCAAACUCGACCGGCAAAUACGAACAGAUGACAGAAGUCUUACAAAAAGUUCGUAAAACGUUGAAGAAUCUUCAGGAAAAAAAUUCUUGACGUGAUCCUAGUUCUACAUUAUUUUUGUCCCUUUGGUAGGUGGACAUUUGUAUAAAAUCGAAAUGUCAGUACAAAAAUGAGCCAGAAGUUUUUUAUAAACUUAAUUUUAAUUUUAUUAGCUUGAGUAAUUAAUUCUAUUGUGUCUCAGGAAACAUUCCGCCUAGGGCGAAGUUAAUUUUUUUCGAAAUGUUCGAUUUUAUUACUGUGAAAAUUAUAACUAUGCACCUAUGUGAUUUUCGUUAUUUGGUGUUUUAAUUCUUGCAAUACAUUUUAAAUCAUUACUUUAUGUAAAAAUGUAAAUAACGUUUUGGCUGCUUAAAUGUAGGACCAUAAAUUCUGAUUUAAUGGUAAUUAUUUUAUAUCAAAAUAAUUAGUAAGUAUUAAUUGAAGAAUUAACGAGUUUGUAUUUAAUUUGGUGAAUAAAACAAAACAAGUACUAUUGUUUUCAAAAUGUGAUGUUUUAUGUAGGCAUAAAGCAAAAUAGGAACGUUAAUUCAGGCACUUUACUUUGUUAAGGCAAUAGUGCAUACAUACUUAAUUUGGAAACUAUACAAUUCAAUAAACUCGUUUUUAUUGUUAGUUCAUCUAUUUCAUUAGAAAUGUAUUUAAAGUCUUCACGUAGAAUUUACUUAUCAAUACCAUAUUAAUUUAAAUUACCUAUAAUAAAUUACAGAAGUCUUUGCUACGAUUUUCCUUUAGUUUUCUAUUUGUUCUUACAAUUUUGGUAUGAGGCUUCGUACUCCACUGAAGACAACGCGAUCUUGAUCCAACGAUAAAAAAACCAUUUGGCAGGUACUUUUCAGUUAGGGUGCUCGGCUCCCACCUAGGCGAUUAUGACAGAACCCUAAACCCACGCGUUGAGACAUGCUAACUUGUAUGUAAUUUUUCUACAAGUUCUAAAAAGAUUUUUUUUGAUAUACUAUAAUAGUCAUUAAAUGUUAAGUAAUCUUCUAUUGCAGCAAAUCUUUUUUUACUAUUUUCAAUAUUUAGAUAUAUCCACUAACAAUGUUUUUGGUUUCUUCUUUGUGUUACCAGUAAAGAAUAACAAAAUCUUCGUCCUUUACUUGAUAUAAUCUUUACAAUUGAUCGCUAAACAGUUAGACUUUAGCAAAGAUGUUUUCAAAAGCUCGUCACUUUUAGUGGUUUUAUGAUCUAAUUCUUAUUUUUAGUUUUUUCUUGAAUGGUUUCCAAAAAAAAGUUAUCUCCAAUCUUAGUAUUUGAAAACAACUACACUAUUGGACACUGAAAUGAUUUUAUUCAUUUAAGAGAUGACGAGUAAUGAUUAAAUUUUAUUUUAUAUUUUGAAAUAAUCAACAAAUUGAUAUUACACAUAAUAAAUACAUGCAUUAAACAUAUUUUACAUAAUUACAUUCAGAGUAGGAUUUAAUUGUAGUAAAAUGACAAUGCAAUUAAUACAUGUAGUAAGUUCCAUCGAGUUAAAAAUAAGGAAUGUAUAGCACCAUAUCCCAAAAAGUGCACAUUUAAUAAUAAUAAUAUCAGUAAAAUACUGCUUGCUUUAAAUUUUAUAGU